AUGGCUCAUGGAGGAGCUUAUCCCACGAUAACAUUUUCAUCCCAAGACUGCUCUGCUGAGGUUCUACAGACUAGCCGCCUGCAGCCAAUCCCUGAGAGUAUUGCAGCAGAAUGGUUGAACAUUGACACAAUGGAAGGAAUUGUCCCCUACAGCCUUCACGAUAUUCUUGGCACCAGUAGCUACAACAAUGAACUCUUAGAUGAUUCCUCUGAAGAGUUUCGGGUGUUUGAAACUGCUACUCAAGACAGAGUUGUCUACAUUAGUCAUACCAUUCGGGAAAAAGAUAGGAUUGAUCCAUUUAUUUAUUUGUUACAUCGCCACUUUCCCAACAUUAUUUUCAAGACGUCGUCUGACUGUGCUGAUAUGGAAGGGAAACAAGAAGCAAUUGACUGCAGUGAGCUGGUUGUAAUCUUCAUGUCGCAGCUGUACAGUGAAAGUCAUGAAAUGGCUUUGGAAUACUCUCUAAUGGGAGGCAAAGAGAUUAUAGUUGCUGCUCACGAACGAAUGACGUGGCCACCAGGAAAUUAUUUCGAUGGCAACCUUCAUUUCGAGCGGUUGCCGAGAACCUUUGUUGACACCGCGGCAAAUAGAUCUAGUGCAGCAGGUCUCAUAGACCUUAUAGAUCAUUAUCUUGACUGGGAGGAGUCACAAAGCUUGUAUGGAGGCAGCAGUAUGUCUAACGGCAAGCUGAAUCAGUCGAACGACUCCAACAGUUAUGUUCACGAGAACGGAUUACAGAAACAGCAAUCUAACAAGAGCUCUACCACGUGUGUCAUUUUAUAA